CACCACCAUACUGGAAGUGCCAAGUGAGUUGAAGUCUGUCACAGAUGAUGGCAAAGUGAGGCAGAGGGGAGGAGGACUGAUGACACGGAGCUGGCACAGCGAGCGAGUCGUACAUUGUACUUUGUGGUGAAGGAAGGGAAGCGUGCGUCUCCUCUCCAUCACAUUUCACUUUUUCAAACAGUGACGGGGAAUCAAAGAAGGCAGGAUGUAGAAUCCGUCAGACACAGACCGUUUCUUCAGAGUCUUGCGGUUAAUUCUGCUGCUUUCAGUUUUUUCGCUCUGCUCGGUGCGGGAGUCUGCCGAUCGACCGAGGUGAAGAAGAGAGGUGUUGCUCGCUGCCUCAGCUCGCUGGAUGGAUCCGAGCUCAUCCUUUCUCACUUACAACUGAGGACUCGGUUUGGAAGAGUUGGGAUUUUGUUCCCUCCUCCACUCCAUCUCCUUUUCUAUGCCAGAUCAUUUUCAGGGCAGUUAAGUCUGAAGGUGUGGAAGACUUUGCUUCACAAUGGCAACAGGAGUAGCAGCGUGGCUCCCCUUUGCCAGGGCUGCAGCAAUUGGCUGGAUGCCUGUGGCCAACUGCCCCAUGCCUAUCGCGCCAAGAGACAACAGCAAGAAACAAGAUGAACUUAUCAUCCUCAAUGUCAGCGGCCGUCGUUUUCAGACCUGGAGAACAACAUUGGACCGCUACCCAGACACCCUACUGGGCAGUUCUGAGAAAGAUUUCUUUUACAACGAGGAAAUCAAGGAGUACUUUUUCGACCGGGACCCUGACGCCUUCAGAAGCAUUCUCAACUUUUACCGAACGGGAAAGCUCCAUUAUCCUCGUCACGAGUGCAUCUCGGCCUAUGAUGAGGAGCUGACUUUCUUUGGCAUCAUACCUGAGAUCAUUGGAGACUGCUGCUAUGAAGAAUACAAGGACAGAAAGAGGGAGAACUUAGAGCGGCUGCAGGAUGAUCAGGAAGAGAAUAUGGACCUGAAGAUGCCCAACAUGAACUUCAGAGAGACCAUGUGGCGCGCCUUUGAAAACCCCCACACCUCCACCAUGGCCCUGGUCUUUUACUAUGUCACUGGGUUCUUCAUUGCUGUCUCAGUCAUUACGAAUGUGGUGGAGACCGUGCCCUGUGGUGCUACUGCCAAUCAGAAAGACAUGCCAUGUGGUGAACGCUACACUGUUGCGUUCUUCUGCAUGGACACCGCCUGUGUUAUGAUUUUCACCGUGGAGUAUCUGUUGCGCUUGUUUGCCGCACCUAGUCGUUACCGCUUCAUGCGCUCUGUGAUGAGCAUCAUCGACGUGGUGGCUAUCUUGCCAUAUUAUAUUGGUCUAGUGAUGACCAACAACGAGGAUGUCAGCGGCGCCUUCGUGACACUGCGUGUGUUUCGAGUGUUUCGUAUCUUCAAGUUCUCCCGCCACUCGCAAGGCCUGCGGAUCCUGGGUUAUACACUCAAGAGCUGCGCUUCGGAGCUGGGCUUCCUCCUCUUCUCACUCACCAUGGCCAUCAUCAUCUUUGCCACGGUCAUGUUUUAUGCAGAGAAGGGCUCCAGCUCCAGCAAGUUCACCAGCAUCCCAGCUUCAUUCUGGUACACUAUUGUCACCAUGACGACGCUGGGGUAUGGGGACAUGGUGCCAAAGACAAUUGCUGGAAAGAUCUUUGGCUCCAUCUGUUCCCUGAGUGGCGUCCUGGUGAUCGCUCUGCCCGUCCCUGUCAUUGUCUCCAACUUCAGCCGCAUCUACCACCAGAACCAGAGAGCAGAUAAACGGCGUGCUCAGAAGGUACAAAAAGCCAGACUGGCCAGGAUAAGAAUAGCCAAGUCCGGCAGCGCCAACGCCUUCCUUCAGAGCAAACGCAACGGACUUCUCAACGAACUGCUGGAGCUGACGGGUACAGAAGAGGAUGAGCAGAAGCUGACCCAGAAGUCCAUCUCUCUGUUAGAGAGCCAACACCACCACCUACUGCACUGUCUGGAGAAAACAACAGCUCACGAGUUUGUGGACGAGCAGAUAUACGAGCAGAACUGUUUGGAAACGGCUCUGCAGACCUAUCCCUCACGCAGUCCCUCUGUAUCCAGCCAUGACAGCUCCACACGUACCUGUUGUAGUCGAAAGAGAAAGAGAAAUGUUCCUCUGCCUAACACCAGCCUGCCCACCACCCAUUCAACACACCAGGGCCCGCUGCAGGAGCUCAGUGCCAUCCACAUACAGUGUGGUGACCCACUGUCCCACACCGCCAGCCGCUCCAACCUCAACCUUAAAACUGACGAGAGCAGCAGGAUCAACUGCAAAAGUGGCCGGAUCACCACAGCCAUCAUCAGCCUCCCAACACCCCCUGCUUUAACCCCUGAUGGAGACGGGCUCCACGGGCCCCCACAGCGGAGGCCGCCCCAACCUCCAAGUCACCCACCACCCUUGAGCAUUCAGACCACAACAAGCUCAGCUGGCGCCAACAUCGUCAAAGUCUCGGCUCUGUGACUGUAUGGCUGACAGAUGUAGCUCACCCCAACAGGGGGAAGAAAAGAAGAGGAGGAGGAAGCAGGUAACACUACAUUCAUGGACGUACCGUGUUCCCUAAUACAGGGUCAGUGAGAAGAGAGGUGUACUCCAGAGGACUCACCAGUUAUGGAGACAUUAUUGAGGUAGAGGACUGUAGAUAUGUGACCUGAGAAUCACGCUCGUGUCAUGUCGUGUAUGUACUGUAGAUAUGAUGAGAGCUGCUGCAUUUCUAAACGUUUCCUACAGCAGUGGAGAUGGUGGAAAAUAACUGAUGAUAUUGUGCAACUGGCAGAAACAUCAGCAAACCCUGUUGACCAUCACAAAUUCACAGUAAAUUUGACGUGAAUUCACAGUGAAAAAGAAGAUUUGUUGGAUUAAAUACUGAAGAACAAAGCUGUUGAAUCUGAUUGGUCAUGUUUAUGUUAUGUGAUUGUCUAUAGUAUUUUGAGAAACAUAAACUGUUUUAGUUUAAAGUCGCCAUGCCUGAUGCUGCUAAUAUCAUCCCUGAAAUGUGUAUUUCAUUUGUUGCAGACUGGAAACAGCGUUUCUUUGUUUUCGUUGGAUAAUUGUAUCGAUACAUUAUGUUGAUUCCUCAAACCAAACUGUGAUUUUAGUUGUAUUUGAAAAAUCCCACUGAAUGUGGACUGAAGGCUGACGGUCUUCGUACUGCAUUGAAACAGAGCAGUGGUUCUCAGCCUUGAGCUGACCGGAGAAUUACUAUAAAGCAAAUGUGUAAUUUAAUGUUGAAGGGUGAGGUUACAGUACAUCCCAUGAAAAGACCAAAACCAACCACUUGAUUAGCUGAAAUUCAUUCAUCCUAAUCUUAACUGUUUGUGUUACAAAAACACAGGAAAAUAACUUGUUUUAAAUAAUUUUCUCCUGCAGAUUAAUAUAUGUGUUGCAGUAGUUUGUACAGCAGAAGGACAAUGUACAUGAGGGUUCUGACAUGUUAAUGUAAAGAAGAAACAAGCCAUGCAGUGAAACAGUGAUAAUAAUAAAAGGUAUAUAACAUUGCAUAUUUUGGGAGGGGAAAUACUACAACAUUUGGUUUCAGUACAACAGCAAGUGUUAGUAAGGCCAGGAUACUGAAUAAGAUGAUUGUAUCGACAGUGUCCCAGAAUGAAUUAUUGUUUAUGGCUCAGUCACACUACAGUAAAACUGUUGCAUUCAGCAACCGAUUGCAGGUAGUUUUAAAAACUAACUGGGUGCCCAAUUUUGAUCGUAAGGGGAUUUUGUAGGUUACGUGCUCCAAGGCAACCUGUGUCCAAACAGUCUGACUCAAACCGACUCCAGUCACUCUCAGACAGACUGGUUAAAGCUUGCAAAUAAUUGCCGUCUAAUUUAUAAAUGUAGACAGAUUGCCAACAAGUAGCAAUCAAUCUGAGUCAGUCUGUGCAGGACUCAUCUGUGCCUCAUCUCUUUGCAGUUGAUUUUAACACAAAUUGUUGCCAACUGCUUGUAUUCCUAAAUAAAAGCAAAGCUGCAUCUAUAUCAUUUCGCUGUCUUGCAGCAACCAUCACAUCGCUAUUUGUGGAGAAAUUUCUGUUUUGAGUCUAUGAGGUUGUAACUGGACUCUGAAUGUAUGUAGUUCAUUUAAAUUUCUGUUGAGUGUAAAUUUCUGUGUAUGUAGAUAGCAACAGAUUUGCAACAGACAGCAACAGAUUCACAAUUUGCCAACUGGAGCCCCUUCUGUCACAAACUGACAGCAAACUGAAGACAGCAACUGGGGUUGCAGACCUGGUCCCCAUCUUUGAAAAAGCCAUUUUGAAGGAAGCAAGAUUCCAAGUCAACUGCACACUCUCACAAUAUCUUUGGUGUCAUGCUCUCCAAGCACUCUUUCCUGGUGUGACUGUAGCAAUUUCCGAUCUUAAUAACACCACAAUUUAAUUUCAAAUAUCAAAAAUUAUUUUCAAUUUUUUUUUUCACAACUUAAGAUUGGAAAUCGUUGUGUUUGCACAGAUUCACUUUGAUCGUCUCUUGAUUUGCUGGUUUUAAAUCACUGCAUGUCACCUUUUUUCCUGCCAUUGGCAACAUUGGGGAAACUUUACAGAUCAAAUUAGGUCACAUACAUGGCAUGAAUUGAUAGGAUGUUUACAUUUAAAUAGCCUAAUUUUUUGUAACUAAAAAUAAGGUUAAACUUUAUUUAUUAUAAAAUACCUCUCACAGAACACCUGUAGUACCUACUGUGGGUACAAGUGGGCUGCAGCCCAGACUUUGAGAAUUACUGAGCUAGGUUAAAUUCAUUGUUACAUUGUUGCCAUCUUAUGGAACAGAAACAGAGAAUAUUGCCGGGCUUAUCCUGACAAACAACCUACAAAAUUCAUAUUAAAAAAUAAAUUGUGGUUAAGUGCUUGUAUGAAUUUGAUAGCACAGUGACGCUUUAUGCCCACUGUGCUGCUGCCACUCACGUUGAAGGUUGAGCAGGACACUGAAAUGGAAAAUAAUACUGUGCAUGUUCAUCAUGAAUGUUUGGACAUUGAAUGCCAUGAAGGUUGAGCACCACUCGACCUGGACAAUUACAGGACGUAAGGUAUUCGUGUUCGGUUCGGCGUUAUAAAACUAAAACUAAAACGAAAUCUGCUGAAUAUUUGAAAAUAUUUUAAGUGUAGAUAAAAUACCCAGAGCUAAAAAUUAUUUGUUUUUUCAGGUAUUCUGUCUUACCUUAAAAAUUUUAGUUGAUUUUUUAUUUUUUACUUUCUUUUUGACAUAUUUGUAGCCCUCUGUGUCUUCUCUAAAUGUCUCUGAAAAGAUGUGAUUUCACUGAUGACUUGAAAUAUUUGUGUGCUGUUCAUAAGACACUAAGCACAACUCAUAUCUUCUCAAAUGUUUAGAAAAAUAAAAUAACUUAAUCCACUUAAUGUUUUCAGUGAUUUCCACCUUAAACAUGUUUUUUUUUUCUUACAUUAAAUGUGUUUAUCUUGAAAGCCAGUUAAACCAAUAUUAUACCAGCUUCUGAGCAGGAUAAACAGCACAUGUAAGUGACCCUGGAGUUUGCAUAGUUUUGUCAAACUGCUGUUUUUAAGGUCAAAAACAAACUCAUUCUAAAGAAUAUGGAGCUAAUAAGUCGGUCAGUCUCAGAGAUGCUCACAGGAUGGCAGCAGAGAUACUUUCUAACACUAAAUCAAAAUGAGCUGAGCCCCGUAGGACUGAUUUCUGGCCUUACUCCUCACUGGAUUAUCAUUUCUAGACCUACUUGCUGCACACUGUUGCACAUUUGAAGUCGGUAGAUGCGUGUUUGGAAUAGUUUGUGCCAAGUGUGCUAUAGUUAUCUGUAUCAGUUACACAAUGUGUUUAUUUUUCUCUUGGUUUUGUUUGUUAACGUGGAACUUGAUUAUUUAACUUAAUGUGCUUCUCAAUCAUGAGGUACCAAGUGAGGUCUUUUUUUGCUGUACUGGUAUUUUUUGUGUUGCAUUUCUGUAUUUUGUCACGUUUUAACAACGAGGUGAAAGUAUUGUGUGAAAAUGGUCACUUUUCCGUCCUUUGUAAGAACAACAAAGUAGUGGUAUUAUUUAUGCUGCUUUACAAAAACAAACCCUUUAGACAUUUUUGGUCUCGUUAUUGUUGGAAAUAUUGAACAUCUGCCCGGCCGUGGUGUUCAUAAGCUGGAUUUUGGUUACCAUUAAAACAGUAUUUACAUAUUAAGGCUUUUUUGCAGCAUCAUAGACCACGUUCACCUUUUUUAAAAAUGUAUAUUAAGAGAAAUCACCUUUCUCACACCAGAGUGACUCAUAUAUGAAGAGUUUUGUUGUGAUUAUCUGAUGGACUUUACUUCAAAGGCGUUGUUGAGGUCUGUUCUAAAAGUCUUGGCAUUGCUGUUUGUGUUGUUUCUUAUUCUUUUUAUUUUUUGAACUGAGCUUUUUCUGUCUGUUUGCUGUGUGUACGGUAUUCUGUCAGUUUGUUUGUUAUAAGAACUAUGAAGUGUCAGAAAAUUAAACUCUGCCACAACAGUCA